UUUUUUGUGUACUCCACCCUUUACCCUUGCCCUAAUAGAACAUUCCCCAGGGGGAAUAGCAUAUUCGUUUCUUCUUUUUAGGGCUGGAUUGAGCGCAAUGGCCAAGGCUGGAGCGAUGGAUCUGGCGUCCGGGCUGGGAGGGAACCUGAGUCGCCGCGAUCUGGCGUCAGCGGUGGAUCAAUAUGAAAAGUAUCACUCCUUUUAUGGGGGCGAGGAGGACAAGCGCAAAUUCAACUACACGGAUAUGGUGAACAAGUACUACGAUCUAGCGACGAGCUUCUACGAAUAUGGCUGGGGACAAUCCUUCCAUUUCGCCAACAGGUUCCAGGACGAAACACUACAGGAAAGUAUCAAGAGACACGAGCAUUUCCUGGCGCUUCAUCUGGGCUUGAAGCCUGAAAUGAAGGUGCUGGAUGUCGGCUGCGGAAUCGGUGGACCCUUGCGAGAGAUUGCGCGGUUCAGUGGAGCAUCUAUUACGGGUUUGAACAAUAAUGGCUAUCAGAUAUCACGGGGGACUGAACUCAACAAAAAGUAUGGCUUGGAUAAGACUUGCGAUUUCGUCAAGGCGGAUUUCAUGAAAAUGCCUUUAGCGGAUAACACAUACGACGCUGUUUACGCCAUCGAGGCCACUUGCCAUGCUCCAGAUGCCGUUGGAUGCUACAAAGAAAUCUGGAGAGUCCUCAAGCCCGGGCAGUGCUUCGCAGCUUACGAGUGGUGCAUGACAGACGCGUAUGAUCCUCACAACGAACACCACAACAAGAUGAAGGCCGAGAUCGAGCUUGGAAACGGCUUGCCAGACAUUCGAACGACGAGACAAUGCCUCGAGGCAGCCAAGGAAGCAGGAUUUGAGAUACUCGUCGAGGAUGAUCUAGCAAAGACAUCCCCGCUUCCGUGGUACUUGCCGAUCGACCCUGGCCGAUUCUCCUUGUCGAGCUUCCGCCUAACUCGUCUCGGCAGAUUCUUCACUCGCAACCUUGUCUGGGUUCUCGAGUCGAUCAAAGUCGCCCCAGAGGGAAGCGGCCGAGUGAGCCAGUUCCUCGAGAAAGGCGCUGAUGGUCUCGUCGCGGGUGGCAAGAAGGAGAUCUUCACUCCAAUGUACUUCUUCCUGGCUCGCAAGCCACUGUGAAGACGAAUUCUCAGCGUAAAGGAGAGAACUUUUCUCUGGCUGCGAAAAACACCAUUGAUGAAACGAAAGCGAUCUAUUUAUGAGGAGUGAAAAUAACAAGAGGUAGAACGAAGAACCCCGUAGCAAAACAGUAAUUGUAAUAAAAGGAUGAGAAGAUCUUCUGCAAAAA